AUGAUAUCACUUACUGUUUUGGGGAUCGCUCUAUUUUUGGAUUUCACAGGCCUAUCAAUAUUCAUUGAGAAAAUCUCUAUUUACUUGCUCAUUGGUGUCAUAUUUUAUUUUUCACAUAUCAUCAAGAAAGAUAUCGACACUAAGCAUAAUUCUGACCCUUCUGCACAUGAUAUGACAUUUAAUGAAAUUCUUGCCAAUCAUGAUGCCAAAUUUAAUGCUGAACUCAUCUCAUACGAUAAAAACUUUACAGCAGAAAUCCAAAGAAUCUUGACAAUACUUAAUACUUCUACUGUGAGACUUGAUAAGAUCAAACAAGUUCUUCAAAACUACCAUAAUAAUUUUGGCAGAGUCACAACCAAAUUUGAAUCAAUCAAUGUCUCUAUCGUAACUCUUCAAAGUGAAAUAAAUCAAUGUUAUGCGAUGAUUCUAAGAACUGAAGAGAUUGAAUUCGAUCAACAAAAUGUGAUGAGUCAAGCUUUCAAUCAUUCUGCAGAUCAAGCUUCAAAUUAUUCUACAGGUCAAGCUUCAAAUUAUUCCACAGGUCAAGCUUCAAAUCAUUCCUCUGCAAGCUUGAGACAAUUAACAUUUACGGGUAUUAGUUUGACCGUUUGGAAUCAAUUUAAGCAAAUUUUUGAUCAGAUCAUGACCAAAAAUAAUUAUACUUUAGAGGAGAUGUGUCUUUCUGUAGCUAUGGAUAUUUGUUCAUUAGGAGAAAAUAUUAAGAAGGUGAUAGUACAAGGGUUUUAUGAGAGAAAUAUUAAAAAGAAGAAUGGUUAUAUUAGUACUUUAGAUCAAAUUAGUUUAUGGAUUGAUAGUAAAAUAAAUAAUCUAGAUAGUGAAUAG